UUUGGUAGAGGUUAGGAAAGAGGGGGGAAAAAGGAGAGAAUAAAAGGAAUAAAGGGAGAGAGGACUGUUUUUUUUCUUUCAGGUACCCUACAGCUGGUGAAUGGUGAGGGCAUACUGUGACCUUAAUUGAACAUUAGGAUACAUUUUUUGAGCACAAUUACUAAAUGAACAGAAUAAUUAUCUUCCCAGCUAGGCAAGUAUUUCUCGUGCCUGCGGGGAGUCUCGUUUAAGGGAAAGGCGCUCCGCAUGGGGAGCAGUCCCUUCCCCACACAGGAGAUAAGAGAUGCCGUUCCCCCAUACCACGCGGCUUUACUCAAGCGGGUCCACCACAGCUCCUCGUGUACAUGGAGCUGGGAGAAAAAAUACGAAUUUGAAAACGCAUCUCCAAGCCCCCGCUAGGACACGGGAGGCCUCGGAGCACCGCGCGUCUCUCCACCGGCGGAGCCGGGGGCUGACACCCGGACUACAGCUCCCAGCGUCCUUUGCAAAGACGCGUUGCCGAGACAACGACCAAAGGGCCUACUCGGGGCGCGGGGGUGCCUGCCACCCUCCCGCAGUGGGCCGCGCUCCUCUCGCGAGAGCCACCCUUAAACUGCGGCAAACUCGCGCGAGAGAGGCCAUCAUGUCGGUGGCGUGCGGCGGCGAUGGGCUGUUCGCGCUGGAGGUGCUGGUGGAGGCGGUGCGGGUGGCAGCCCCAGGCCCCGCGUUGCGUCCGGCCGUGGCGCUGCGCCUCCUCGGCUUCCCUACCCUUCUGCUGCGCCCCGCCCCCUCCGCACCGGGCCGCACGGUCGGGGAGCUGAUGCUGGGAUUCCGCCUCAGCAGCCUGGAGGCUGGGUUGCAGUCGGGCCCCGCCACGCCACCCCGCGCCUCUCCUGCGCCGGAGGACGAGGAGGAGGAAGAGGCGGAUGAGGAGGAAGAAGAAGAGCGAGGCGAGGAGGACGGCAAUGUCAUCUGCCCUCCCGUGCUGUAUUACAGCCGUGAGCCGGCUGAGCCUCAUCUGCCACCAGCAGCAGCCAUGGGGUGCUGGCAGCGUGUUGUGGUACAAAGCCCGCAAGAGCAAAGCGAGGUCCAGAGCCCCCCACGCUCCAGUGCUGGGCCCUCCUUGCUACAGCCCAGCAGCCCCCAGCAACUCCACAGCACCUUGGCACAGUUGCCGCUGCUCAGUGCCUUGCUGGCAGAGCUGUCUGUGCUCACCCGCUCUGCUACACCUGCUGCUGUCCAUCCACAUCUGGCCUGGCUCUACCGGGCCCCAGGGGACUGUGGCAAGGGUCCACAGCCAUCCAGCCGUUCCCCUGCCCACAAGCCUGCAGAGGUGCCUGUGAGGCCAAGCAGGAGCAGUGAAGCUACCAGCUCUCAGUUCAAGCAAGGCCAGCAACAGACUACCUUACCAGGGUCUUCUCAGGCUGGGAAAAGAUCUACGAAAGCUGCACCCCAUGAAGAGACAAAAUCUGAAAGAAACUCAAAAACUAAGGAAAACACACCUCCCAGAAGGAAACUGUUGUAUGGGCUGACAAAUACACUGAGGUUACGGCUGCAGCAAACCAAUCCCGAUAAGCUGAUCCGGCUUGAAAGGAGAGAACAGUACAGAAAAAAGCAAGUAGAAAUGUUGAAGGUGAGAAGCCCAUUAUCCAAAAGAAAGUUGCUCAAAAAUGCUAGAGAACAGUGUGUGGUUUCUCACAGGCAGUGUUCCAAGGGAGACAGUUCAAAGCAGAAUGGUCAGGUUGAUGAAACUGUUGAGACUUCAUUACAAAACAGUGCUCUCAAUGAGUACUUUUCCGGUAUGGAUGUUUUUCCUGACCUACAGAAGCAGUCUGCUGAAAGUCUGUUGAAGAGCAACAGUUUUGCAAGCAAAGAAUAUCCAUGCAAAUCAACAGUAGCCUCCUUACUGGAGAAAACUGUAUUAAAGCCUGCUCACAAAGAAAAGGACUUGAAAGUUCAGCUUCCAGCAGCUUUCACAUCAGAUGCUAAUGUGAAGGGAAGCAAUGAUAAUGAGGAAGCCAUACACUUAAUCCAUCCUAAAAUCAUGGAGCAUGAUAAUACCUCUGUUGCAAGUGAUCAGAAACGAAGCUCCAGCAGAACUGCUGAAAAAAGCUCUGAACUCAUAUACUCAGAUGACUUUGUUGCUAGUCCUGACAACAUAGUUUAUUCAGAAGAUUUCACCAGUGCUGAGUGUACAGACAGAGAUUUGGAAGCUCUUGACAACAGUCCUGAACCUAUCUGGCUUGAAAGCCCAAACCGACCUUGGUCAGAUACAGAGGUGGAAUCCAGCAGGUCCAGAGUUUCAAAAGCAAGUGAAAGAGCUGAAAGUAUGUCAGAUCUUCUGCCAGUGCAUUCAUCUUCAUCACCGGUCUCUUCUUUGAAGAGAAACCAUGGCUUGAAAAACAGCAAAGGAACUGGUGGUGAAUCUGUUGAUUUACUUAAUGACACCUCUCUCUGGGCAGGAUUAUUAGAUGAAGAGCAGGAAGCCCAUCAGGUUGAUAAGGAAGAGAGCAGAGUUAAUGAGCAUAUUAAACAAGCAUCUAUACUGAGAAGUGAACAAGUUAGCUCUGAUACUGAUCUGAAUAUAGGAAAAGGGCAGACCUCUGCAGAAAACAGUCUGUCAGUAACUGAAGUGUGCUCCUACUUACCAUGUAACUUGUCUGGUCUUGAACUUAGUGAUGUGGAAAACAGUAGGUCUGGCAAAGAUGAUGAUGUUUUGGGAGACCUACAUACUCAAUACAAAGAUAUCAGUGAACUUGUAAUAAACAGUCUUCCAGGAUACACAGUGUAAU